AUGACAUCAACCCUGGCGACGCGGCAAGGCCUUUUGACGCACUCAGGAAACCGUCUGUCGACAAUCAUACAGGAAGAGUCCGAAACCAUCAAUGCGUACGUCCAUUCUUCAAUGGAGGCAGCUGAAAUUUCGGCACUUCGGAAACGGAUACGCACAGCCAAAACGGCAAUUAGCACCGAAGCAAACAAGCUAGAUGCUGCAAUGGAGAAGUUCAGCGAAGCAGUGGACAGGUUGGACAACAAGACGCAGUCACUCCUAGAGAUUAUUGAAAGGAUUGAAACAAAUACUACAGCAGCAGAAACUCUUCUGGACAACGCGAACAAAGCGCUGACAAGGCUAAUCCGACUUCAAGAGGAGCUUGAAUUCGACCAGGAACAAAUCUCGCUUAACAGAAACAUUCACAACCUCUUCAAGUUCAACUACCUUCUUGACGCCCUCGAAGGAGACGCAGAAGAAUCUGUGAAGCUUUUCGAGGUCCUGGGAAGCACCCACCAAUUGGUGAUUGAGCAUCUGAAUGAGAAAUAUGGCGACAAACAGGCUUUGGUUGAUCAACUUUUGAAGAAUCUCCACGGAGCACGCGCCCGGACCGACAGUCUAGAAGACCACGAAGCAUUUUGCGAGCAACUUCACUCUAUAACUUCGCAACUGACACUCAAAGGGGAACACGUCGACAAUGUUUUCCUGCAAAAGGAGCUGCUUGCGAAGUUCUCGGCGGACGUUCAGAGGCAUAUCUUGCGGCAGAAAACGCAGUUGAAGAAAGAAGGAAAUUGGAGUACGGCAGCUUUGCUCUCAGCAGCAAGAGAGCAUAUCAAGACCGAGCUUAAGAUCAACCGCCAAGUUGAACAUAGCCUAGGAAGUGGAAAAAUGGGGAAAACAAAUCCUGGAAAGAAGAAAUAUUUCAGCAAAACAGGAGUAGUCCCACUUGUAGCACCUUGUUUCUACUGCCAUAAAAGCGGACAUCCAGCGAAGGACUGUGACGAAGUCAUUUCUCGGGAGCAACGAGUACAAAUAAUGAGAAUGCAGAAUCUCUGCCACAAUUGUGGAGGAAAGGAUCACUGGGCUACGAAAUGCCCCAAAGGAACUUGCAGAAUCUGCAGACAAGCCGAACAUCACACGUCCAUUUGCAAAGAACUCUUUAGCUCUCAGGAAGCCCGUCAAAAGCCUCCACUCCGAGAAGUACUACAGAAGCAGGGAACGAAGCCUCAACUACCCAAGGCCAAGACUUCGAAAAUAAAUACGGUCGCUACGAAUGACGGUAGCAAAGGGAAAAGGAAAGCUUCAGACGCAGUUUUUCACGUCAGCAACACAACGAAGGUUCUCAUUCUGGCGGGACAAGCCAAAGUACUUAAUCCGACAACAAAAGCGUUAGAACCAGUCUACGUGAUUCUCGAUACAGGAGCCGACCGAUCGUUCAUCAGUAGCAGUUUGGCUGAGCGCCUCCAGCUGAAAGACCAGACUGAGUCAAGAGGACAAGCAGUUCCUGUUCGAAAACGACAUCUCUCCAUCAACCAUACUGUCGAGAAGAUCCAGCCAUAUAUCCUUCUUGGUUGCGCCGAUAUUUUCUCACUCCUCAAGGAUGGACCAGGAGCUCAAACAACACUCCCAUCCGGAUUGAAAGCAAUCCCCUCGAGACUGGGAUAUCUCAUAUCUGGACGAAGCGGCGACGAAUUAGUCAACUCGGAAAGUUCGGUAGAUGUGGCCCAAACAAUAGCCUUAGAGGACACAAACAAUGAUGUUGCGCAGACUUGGGGACAGUUCUGUGAAUUCGAGAAGUCCGGAGUUAAGGAAUUUUCGGGUCCAAUAACGGAGGAACUGAAGCAGACAAACGCAGAAGUCUGGAAAGUUUUUGAAGAAACUAUCGAAAAUAAAGAAGAUGUAUACUAUGUGCGCCUUCCAUGGAAGAAGGAAGCAAGCGGACUUCCGGACAAUAAAUCGAUUGCAUAUCGUCGUCUGCAAGCAAAUCUUUCUAAGCUUAGGAAGGAUCCCAAUCUACUGCAGCAGUACGACGACACGAUCAAGAGUCAACUCGAGCUGGGUAUCAUCGAAGAAGUUGCUGAGGAUUUAAUAGUCGAGGAAGGAGAAGUUGUGGACUACCUAGCACAUCAAGCCGUUGUCACGCCGCACAAAGAAACUACCAAGCUACGCGUUGUGUUCGAUGCUUCAGCACAUCUAAGCAAAUCCCGGUCGCUGAACGACGUUCUCUAUCAAGGACCAGUCAUUCUUCCGAAGAUGUGGGACAUCUUGCUCCGGUUUAGAUUUGGAGAUGUUGCCAUCAUCAGCGACGUCGAAAAAGCCUUUCUGCAAGUACGGCUGCAUCCCAAAGACAGAAAUGCAGCAAGUGUUCUUCCGGUUUACAAGAGUGACCUUGGAUUGAACUGCUCUCCCUUUCUGCUUGCCGGAACCAUAGUGCAUCACCUAAGAACGCAUGUCGAGGACCAGCUUGCCAAGGAAAUCGAAGACAACACAUAUGUGGACAAUCUCAUUGUAACCAAAAGAUCAUCAGACGAAGGGUUGCGGUUUUACAACGAUUCGAAAGUCGUUUUCAAGGAGCUCAUUAUGAACCCUCGCGAAUUUCAAUCCAAUGAUAAACAGUUGAAAAAACGAAUCACGUCCGCCGACCUAGCUGGGAAUGAUAACCCGAAAGUCCUUGGAAUACUAUGGAACACUGAGAAAGAUGAACUAGUGCUUUCGUGCAACUACCCUCCGAAAGCGAAAGUGACAAAGAGGUCAGUCUCAGAACAAGUUGCUGCAAUAUACGACCCUCAAGGAUGGCUCACACCUCUCACGCUGGCCGGUAAAAGAUUCCUCCAAUCGCUGUGGAAAUUCGACUACGCCUGGGAUACGGAGAUAUCUGAGGAGCAUCAGCAACAAUGGAAGGAUAUCAACCAAGCAGUCAAUGGCUUUCAGUGUGUGUUGCCGCGAGAGGUCGCUCAGAUCGACACGCCAACAAAGCUUGUGCUGUUCUCAGACGCUAGCGGACAAGCUAUGGCAACGUGCGCUUACCUUGCUUCCACCCUGGGAAGCAAUUUACUCGCUGGAAAAUCCAAACUUCCACCCAUCAAAGACAUCGUGACGUUUCCAAAAUUAGAGCUCAACGCCGCUACACUGGCUACUCGUGUUGCACAUUCAAUACCGCACAAGGAUCUCAGAAAUAGUCAUCCUGUCUGA